GGAAUAAUAAUAUAAUUAUUUGGUAAAAUCAGAAUCAAAAUUCCAUAACUUAAUCAUUUAGAAUUAGGCUUUUGAGAUUAAGAUAUAUAUUCUUGAUUUGCAUGGGUGAAGAAGAAGGAAGAAGAAGAAGAUUAAGAGAUGGACUCAUCAACAUUCUCAUCAAUAUCAAGAGGAUCUUCUCUUGGAGAUUCUUCAGAACUUGAUGCACAUUUAACUCUAAGUGAUAAGCUUAAGCCCUUCAAAACUUCUCAUUUCGAUCCUGAUGCUUACAUUACCUCUAAAUGUUACACCAUGAAUGAAAAGGAGAUUAGGCACUUGAGCUCUAACCUGGUGGAUUUGAAGAAAGCUUCGGCUGAGGAAAUGCGUAAGAGUGUUUAUGCUAACUAUGGAGCCUUCAUUCGUACAUCAAAGGAGAUAUCUGAUCUUGAGGGGCAACUUCUUUCGAUGAGAAAUCUCUUAUCAACUCAAGCAGCUUUUGUUCAUAGUUUAGCUGAAGGAGUUGGUCUUGAUUCACUAUCAAGUGAUGAAGAAGAUUCAUGUUUAGAAGAUCAUACAUCUCAGCAAAACAUACACCUUUCAAAGAUGGAGAAUUGGCUUGUAGAGUUUCUCGACACCCUCGAGGUUCUCUUAGCCGAAAAAAGAGUAGACGAAGCUUUAGCCGCCUUAGACGAAGGAGAAAAAAUAGUAGAAGAAGCCAACCAAAGAAAAUCCCUUAACACAUCUUCACUCUUGUCAUUCCAAAUCGCAAUAACCGAACAAAGACAGAAACUAGCUGAUCAACUAGCCGAAACCAUGAGCCUAAGUUCAAUUCGCGGUGUUGAAUUGCGCUCAGCUGUUUUAGCCUUAAAAAAACUCGGGGAUGGUCCUCGAGCUCACACAUUACUUCUCAAUUCUCAUCAACAAAGGCUCCACACAAGCAUUCAGAGCUUUCGCUCCUCAAAUGCAUUGUGUGGAAGAGCUUACACAACUACUAUUUCGCAGCUUGUGUUCUCAACUAUUGCUCAAGCUGUUAAUGACUCUAUGUUGGCUUUCGGGGAAGAACCCGCUUACUCGUCUGAGCUAGUUACUUGGACAGUAAAACAAACCGAAACUCUAGCUCUUCAUCUUAAGAGACAUGUUUUGGUAUCUUCAGCAGCAUCAGGGAGUUUAAGAGUGGCUGCAGAGUGUGUUCAAGUGUGUUUAGGCUAUUGUUCUUUGUUGGAAGCUCGCGGGCUGUCGCUUUCGUCUGUGUUGUUAAGGCUAUUUAGACCCUUUAUUGAGCAGACAUUUAGUGAUAGUUUGAAGAAGAUUGAGCAGAGCAGUGCUGCUGUUGCUGCUGCUGAUGAUUGGUGUCUGGUUUACCCUGUUGGAACUCGCCCUGUUAGUGGCUCAAAUGCUUCUCAGCCUAAACUAUCAAGUAGUGCUCAUAAAUUCAGUUCAAUGGUUCAGGACUUUGUUGAAGAUACAGGGCCACUUGAGAGUUUUAAAAUGGAUAAUCUAACAUUAGAAGGAAUGCUUAAAGUGUUCAAUUCCUAUGUCAAUUUGCUUAUAAAUGCAUUGCCCGGUUCAACCGAAAAUGAGAACUUAGAAGGUUUUGGGAACAAAAUUGUGAGGAUAGCCGAAACCGAAGCUCAACAGAUUGCGUUGCUCGCGAAUGCGUCGUUGUUAGCGGAUGAGAUACUCCCCCGAGCUGCCUUAAAACUUAUGCCUUUUCAACAACAAACCAACAAUAGAUCAUUGGAGACUCCGAGGAAAGGUCAUUCUGAUAGGCAAAACCGUGUCCCCGAACAAAGGGAAAUAAAAAGGCGACUUCAACGUGCUGUGGAUCGCCUUCGCGACAGCUUUUGUCGCCAACAUGCACUCGAUCUCAUCUUUACUGAAGACGGCGAAACUCAACUUUGUGCACAAAUGUACACAAAUUUGGACUCAUAUGCAUAUGAGCCAGAGUGGUUUCCUUCUCCAAUUUUUCAAGAACUUUAUGUGAGGCUAACGCGAAUAGCGAGCAUUGCAACGGAUAUGUUUGUUGGUAGAGAAAGAUUUGCGACAGUUCUAUUAAUAAGACUUUCGGAGACUGUGAUCUUAUGGCUCUCAAAUGAUCAAAACUUUUGGGAAGAAAUUGAGUCAGGACCACAUCCAUUAGGUCCUCUUGGGCUUCAACAGUUUUAUUUGGAUAUGGAGUUUGUGAUGUUGUUUUGUUCACAAGGCCGGUAUCUGUCUAGGAGUCUACAUCAGGUUAUAAAAGACAUUAUUGAUAGAGCUAUUCAAGCACUUUAUGCUACUGGAAUAGACCCACAAAGUGUAUUGCCAGAGGAUGAGUGGUUUGCAGAAGUGGGCCAAAUAGCAAUAAAAAUGUUAAGUGGUAAAGCCAACUUUGGUAAUGUAGAAAGAAAUCCUGUAACUAGCCCUACUUCAUCUUCCAUUUAUUCUCAUGGAAGUAACUUAGACUGAAAUACUCUAUCAAUAAUAAUUCAUCUAUUUAUAUACAUAUGAAUAUUUGCGGUGUAAAUACCAUAUGUUGUGUUUUUCUUGUAGCGGUUACAAUAAACUUCGUUAAUAUAAUGAAGUA